AUGGGGGUUUCAUUUAAAGUCUCCAAAACCGGUAAGAGGUUCCGCGCCAAACCGCUCGAAUUAGACACUCCCGUCGGAGGAGGAGAAGAAGAAGACGCCAUAAUUUCAUCCUCAAUUAAGAAGAGCGAUCCCAAUUUCACUUCCACCCGAAAUCUCACGGUAGAAGCUGGUAAGAAUGGCGAUGUUACUGAAAUCUCCAAUAAUGAUGUGUCCUUCACUCUUAGCCUUUUCCCAGACGGAUAUUCAAUUGGGAAGCCGGUGGAGAAUGACCAGAGUCAUCAGACUCCUGUUGAUGUUCCAAAGUUUUUGCACCCAUACGAUAGAGCAUCCGAAACUCUAUUCUCAGCAAUUGAGUCUGGGCGACUUCCUGGAGAUAUUCUGGAUGAUCUACCAUGCAAGUACAUUGAAGGGACAGUUGUCUGUGAGGUGCGAGAUUACCGAAAUUGCUCUUCUGAAACAGGAGUUCAUGUGGCUUCUGGGGAUGCUUCACCUAGCGUCCUUAGAGUGUGUCUUAGAAUGUCGUUGGAAAAUUUAGUAAAGGAUAUUCCAUCUAUUUCAGAAGAUGGUUGGACAUAUGGAGAUCUAAUGGAAGUGGAGGCCCGGAUAUUGAAAGCCCUACAACCACAACUUUGCCUGGAUCCAAGUCCAAAGCUGGAUAGACUAAGUGACAACCCAGUCCCCACUAAGUUAAAUUUGGCAGUGCACAGCACGAGGAGAAAGAGAUUGAGGCAGAUUCAUGAAGCUACUGUCUCAUCAAAUAAUAAAAUCCAUGGGAAAAGGGUAUGCAUAGAUAAAGUUCCCGAAAGUUUAAGGUUGGGUGAUUGGAGAUCCUUAAUGCAGCAAGACGUCCAAGAGAAUUUGAACACUCUAAAUAAUCUUCCAAGUGCAAUGAUUCCUCUAAGGACCAACAGCUUUGGGUCAGAUGUCUCUGUUUCAGCCUCUUCUCUGGUAUCCCCCCAGUCAAAAUUUCAAAUGGGGGUUGGGAGCCCAAGCCUUCUGCAGGAUAAUCGGCCUGGAGCUCCAUUAAAUGCAUCAAUAGCUUCACCUGCUGGGCAGGAUAUGAUCUCACUCAAGGAUAAUGGCGCUUCUUCUGUUCAUUGCAAGAGAGAGAACCAAGAUGGGCAACUAUCUCCAGUUUUAAACAAGAGGGGUCGGCUUACAGCUACAGGUGUUGAUGGUAGUCAACAUGUAGCACAACAAAUGGACAGCUUCAGCGGAGCAGAUUCACACUGGAAGAAUACAUUAAUGCAGCAGCAAUCAGUUGCAAGAGGGAUUCAGUAUGCUAAUAAUAGUAUGAAAAAGUUCUCACAGCAGGUGUUUGAAGGAGGUCUAAAUCAGGAUGUUGGGGCUAUGCCGUUUACUGCUGGACAACAAGGAAUGAGAUAUGGGUUAAAGGAAGAACCAAUUGAGACUGAGAAUCUCAGUCGAAUUCAUAUGGCAGAAUCAGGAAUAACACAUAAUGAUUCCUCACAGUCACGAUUACAGCAAAGAAUGCCACAGCAAUAUGGGAGAGCUGGUUUCCCACAGACUCCAUGGAAUAUUCCUGGUCAGCCUCUUGAUAAUAAUUCUAGAAAGGAGGAUUUCCAGAAGAGAAAACUAGUUCAAAGUCCUCGUGUUUCUGCCGGAGGUUUACCUCAAUCUCCCUUGUCAUCAAAAUCUGGAGAAUUCUCGAGCGGUUCAAUAGGACCUCAAUUUGGAGGCGUUGUGACUAGUGGACUUGUCUCAUCCCAAAAGGAGAAGUCUGCAGUGACAUCAGUUCCUCCCAUUGGUGUUGGUGGCACCAUGUCUUUGACUUCCAGUGUGAAUGAUUCGAUGCAACGGCAAAACCAGGCACAAGCUGCUGCAAAACGUAGAUCCAAUUCAAAAACCACUGCAAUUAGCGGAGUUGGUUCGCCAGCUAGUGUUAGUAAUAUGAAUGCUAUGAUAAAUGCAAACAGUCCUGUUGGAGCUCAAUUGGCUGACCAAGCCAUACUAGAAAGAUUCUCGAAGAUUGAAAUGGUGACAUCGAGGUAUCAACUUAACAGCAAAAAGAAAAAGGUUGAUCAGUAUCCUCUCAGGAAACCAAAUACUUUUACUGCUCAACAGCUGCUGAUUCAUCUUUCCAGUGAUUCAAACAAUGAGAAUUUGAAAGAUGAAACAUGUAAAAUGCCAUUAUCAAGGUCCCUUGUAGGUGGGAACAUGAAUGUUCCCAAGAUAAGGAUCUUAAACUUUUUUCAGACGGAACGCGUUCUUCAAGGUAAUGGUUUUCAACUUGUUCCAAAGGCACGGACUGGGAUGAUCAUGUCAGAAAAGCCGAAUGAUGGUUCUGUGGCAAUUCAUAUUGGGGAAAUAGAGGAUGCUGACUAUUUGGCUUCAGAGGAUUACCUUCCAACAUUGCCAAAUACUCAUACUGCGGACCUACUUGCUGAGCAAUUCUGUUCACUGAUGACACGUGAAGGAUUUCAUAAUGAAGAUCAUGUUCAACUGAAACCAGCCCACAUUAAUGAAGCCUCGACCAGUCAACUUAAUGGUCGGGGAAUCCCUUCAGGUAGCACUCCAGUGGAGAUGCAGCAGUAUUCUGAUGGAGUUUCUAGCCUCCCAUCUAAUGAUAUUGCCAAACCAAGUAGUAGUGGCAAUAUAUCAGUUAGCUCAUCUCAGAAUAUACAAGGCCCGCCAAUGGUGUCACCUCCUGGAAAUACUCAGCAACAGCAACCGCAACGGCAACCAUCACCACAACAUCAUCAGCACUCCUUGAUGCAACAACAGCAUCCUCAGUACCAAAGAUCACCUAUGAUGUUUUCCCCAAAUUCUAUGCCACAUUUGAACGCUAUUGGGCAGAAUGCAAAUAUGCAGUUGGGUGCUCAUAUGGCUAAUAAACCUUCAGCUCUCCAACUUCAGCUGAUGCAGCAGCAGCAGCAACAGCAGCAGCAGCUUCAGCAACAGCAGCCCCAAAUGCAGAGAAAAAUGAUGGGUGGCCUUGGAACUGUAGGUAUGGGCAACAUUGGCAAUAACAUGGUUGGGCUUGGAGGCUUGAACAAUGUCAUGGGUAUAGGUGGCAUCAGGGGAGUGGGUGGAAUUGGGAUUUCUGCACCAAUGGGGUCUAUUUCAAACAUAGGUAACAUGACACAGAACCCAAUGAAUCUGGCCCAGGCUUCAAAUCUUAGCAAUGCUCUACGUUCUGGGACGUUUACAUCAACACAAGCUGCUUUAAUAGCAAAGGCGAGGUUGGGACAAAACAGAUCAAAUAUGUUAGGGGUGCCACAAGCAAGCAUCAGUGGUAUGUCGGGAGGUAGACAGUUGCACCCAGGAUCUGCUGGUCUUUCAAUGCUGGGCCCUUCUCUGAAUCGAGCUAAUAUCAAUCAGAUGCAGCGCACAGCUAUGGGUCCACCAAAGCUGAUGCCAGGGAUGAAUCCUUACAUGAACCAGCAACAUCAGCAGCAGCAGCUUCAACAGCAGCAGCAGCAGCAGCAGCAGGAAUCGACAUCACCACUGCAGGCUGUUCUUUCACCUCCACAGGUGGGUUCACCUUCAAGCAUGGGAAUUCCCCAUCAAAUGAAUCAACAGCAGCAACAACAAGCCAGUCCCCAACAAAUGAGCCAGAGAACUCCAAUGAGCCCACAACUUAGUUCGGGGGCAAUUCAUCCAAUGAGUGCAGGUAAUGUGGAAGCUUGUCCAGCAAGUCCUCAGUUGAGCUCGCACACCUUGGGCUCAGUUGGUAGUAUCACCAAUUCUUCCAUGGAGUUGCAAGGUGUGAAUAAAAAUAACCCCGUUGGUAAUGCAUAG